AUGCAGGCCAUCAAGUGCGUGGUGGUCGGCGACGGCGCCGUGGGGAAGACCUGCUUGCUGAUCAGCUACACAACCAACGCCUUCCCCGGAGAGUACAUCCCCACAGUUUUCGACAACUAUUCUGCGAAUGUGAUGGUGGAUGGGAAGCCCGUCAACCUGGGGCUGUGGGACACCGCCGGGCAGGAGGACUACGACCGCCUGCGGCCACUCUCCUACCCCCAAACUGACGUCUUCCUGAUCUGCUUCUCCCUGGUGAGCCCAGCCUCCUUUGAGAAUGUUCGAGCCAAGUGGUACCCAGAGGUUCGGCACCAUUGCCCGCACACGCCCAUUCUCUUGGUGGGCACCAAGCUGGACCUUCGUGACGAUAAGGACACCAUCGAGCGACUGCGGGAUAAGAAGCUAGCGCCCAUCACCUACCCCCAGGGCCUGGCCAUGGCCCGAGAGAUCGGCUCUGUCAAGUACCUGGAAUGCUCAGCCCUGACCCAGCGGGGCCUGAAGACAGUGUUCGACGAGGCCAUUCGGGCUGUGCUCUGCCCGCCCCCUGUGAAAAAGCCAGGGAAGAAGUGCACGGUCUUCUAG